ACUUAGUUGGCCUCUCAUUAAAUUAGUAGCUCAGGAUGAGUAUUAUUCCCCCUUCGUACAAGGCAAUAUGAAACAGGAAGAAGGUUAACGCCCUGCCGUCCUAGCGGUGUUUUGAUGCAAUAUUGUUGUUGUUUACGCUAUGUUGACAAGGAUUUGGAAUUCUUUUUUCCAGACGACAGCCGGCAAAAAGGAAUAUGCUGCCCAGUUUUGAUCAUGAUACUGUGCUCUCUGGAGGUCAUUGUCAAGGCAGCCAUCAGCUGCGGAACUCAAAUUCUGCUGUUCUUAAAAUAUAGAUUUCAGGAAAUGUCUAGUUUAUUGUGGGGACAGAAAGCAACAACACACGAUAAUGACGGCAAGCAGCUCGAAUUUGGUUGUUCCACUGCGACUAUCGUCGUAUCACAGGCAGCCACCGACUUCUCCUGCUCUCAUUCUGGGGAACCUAGUACUCACCCUUGCAAGACAUAUCUAUCUUACCAUGUCCAGUCACCAAACUUUCUAAACCUUGGUAGUAUUUCUGAUCUCUUUGGUGUCAGCCGCCUGUCAAUAGCAACUGCCAGCAACUUGCCCUUCGAGGAUUCAACAUUAGUUCCGGACCAGCUCCUGCUUAUCCCUGUAGAGUGUGGAUGCACAGGUAACAAUUCCUUCGCCAAUCUCACUUACCAAAUCAAAGGAGGCGACAAUUUCUACUCGGUCUCCGUCACGCCACUGGAGAAUCUCACCAACUGGCAACUCGUUGAAGCAUUAAACCCUGGUGUGACUCCGACCCUUCUCCAUCCUGGUGACCUAGUCACAUUCCCUCUACUCUGUCAGUGCCCUUCCAGGAUGCAGAUCGACAACGGAAUCGAGUUUCUCAUCACUUAUGUCUUGCGGAUAGAUGAUACUCUCCAGUCUGUUGCUGAGAAGCUCGAUUCAUCAGUCAACGAGAUUCUGCUGGCAAACAAGUACAUGAACUUCAGUGAAGCAAUCAACCAUCCAGUUCUGGUCCCAGUCACUAGCUUACCUGUUCUCAAGUCGAUGAAUCCAUCUUCACCGAAAACAAGGGAAUCAAAGCUACAUUGGAUCAUAGUUAUAGUUGCAACCACUAUUUCCACUCUUCUGAUCCUCUAUCUAGGGUUUGUCUUUGGUUGUCGACGCAGCAGCAACAAGAGGUUCCUCCUGGUGCGCAAGAACUCGAAUCUAGAAACUGAUGAGCUGAUGAUGCGACAAGCCAAGAAACUUAAGCAGAAGAAGGUUGAUUACCUUCCAGGAGUUUCAGGGUAUCUAAACAAGCAAACCAUUUACGACGUUAAUACGAUCUUGGAAGUUACAAUGGAUCUUCAUGACUAUUACAAGAUUGGAGGUUCAGUUUAUAGAGCCACCAUUGAUGGCCAGGUGUUAGCUGUGAAGAAGUUUGAAGGGGAAGCAACUGUAGAGCUGCAGAUUCUGCAGAAAGUCAACCAUGCUAAUCUGGUGAAGCUGAUGGGGGUUUCAUGCGAUCAAGAAGGAAACUUCUUGUUGGUCUAUGAAUAUGCAGAGAAUGGUUCGCUGGACAAGUGGCUGUUCAGAAAAUCUGCACCACCCUCAUCGUCAUCAUCUUCAGGAUCUAUAUCGUUCCUUAGUUGGAGCAGAAGGGUGCAGAUAGCAUUAGACGUGGCGAAUGGCUUGCAUUACUUGCACGAACAUGUUCAACCGAGCAUCGCGCAUCGUGAUAUCAGGAGCAGCAACAUAUUGCUGGACUCAAAAUUCAGGGCAAAGGUGACGAAUUUCUCUUUGGCGAGAUUUGCAGAAGAGUCCAUAGCACCGAAAGUCGAUGUCUUUGCAUUCGGGGUGGUUUUGCUGGAGCUGCUUUCAGGGAAGAAGGCGAUGGUAACGAAAGAGAGCGGCGAGAUUGUGUUGUUGUCUAAAGAAAUCAAGACUGUGUUGGAAGUUGCUGAGAAAAGGGAGGACAGUUUGAAGAACUGGAUGGAUCCUAACUUGGAGAACAUGUAUCCCAUCGAUGGUGCUCUGAGCCUGGCGAUUUUGGCAAGGGCCUGCACUUUUGAGAAAUCUUCUGCUAGGCCAAGCAUGGGAGAGGUCGUGUUUAACCUCACAGUGCUGACACAGUCGCCUCUAGAUGAUUCUCUGGAAGAGGUGUGGCCUACUAAGCUCGAUGCAGAAGAACUUUUGCAGAUCAUCAGUCCAGUUACUGCUCGUUAACCGCUGUAUAUAAGUUCUGCUGGAUAUGAUUUCCCUUGAAAAAAACGUACUGCAAUGUUAAUUUUUACAGUGUGCCUCUCUUGGGCUUUGAAAUUACAAAUGUUCUUGCUUCUUUCAAAAUUGUGAAGUGAAAAUAUAAGAAAAGCUCUGUUCCUGAUUGAAUCUAAGAAAUGAUGGACCAGGUUUCUUAAACUGAAAACUAUGAACUACUAAGUUACAUGAAUUCAGAUCUAUACACAUCAAAUUGUAUGAUUGUAUCAUAGAAAGAAAAGAGACAUCUCUCCCAUCUAGGUCUAUCUUCAAGUUCUUUAGCCAAUUCAGGCUAGAAUCAACUUCGUCAUUCUCAGCAUAAUUUCCAUCUGCUGUUUGGAUGCAGACGAGGAUCUGCAGACUAACAAAGGUGCGAUUCUGAAACUUCUCCACCUAAGAUCGUAGCAAUUGCCUCCAAAAUCAGCAUUUCCCCCUCCUCAGAAAAACCAUUUCUUUUCUAGUGAUUAGUUCAAGUAAACCGGCACCAAAUGCAUACACGUCGAUCUAAGGAAUUACCAAACCAUACCCUACUUACUCGGGUGCCAGGUAACCUUUUGUACCUUAGCAACCCUAAUUGAAGAACUUACUUACAAUGCUACCUCAGCUGACCUUGCAAGACUGAAGUUAGCAAUCUUAGCCCUCAAAUCAGCAUCCAACAGAAUAUUACUGCUGCUGGUAUCUUUAUGGACACACGGUGUUUCAGUGAAGUUUGUCAUAUACCAGUUGGUCCCAAUAACUCGAGUUGUUGGGAAAAGGUUAUGAUGAAUCUUAUACCACACUCUAACACGUCCCCUCAAACGAAAGCCAACUCACGGGCUUGAAGUUUGCACAGACCCACCAUACCCUGUGCUUUAAUAAACUGUUAAUAUUGGGGGUCGUGGAGAUUCGAACACAUGACAUUUCGGUUCUAGGCUCUGAUACCAUGUCAUAUACCAGUUGGUCCCAAUAAGCUAAGUCCAUUAGCAAUAUCCAAAGCAAUCUGAAGCCUAGGACUCCAACUCUGAGCUUCAUCUACUAAACUACUGCCACUUUUGUGAAGCCAAUCCUUCAAGGAGUCGUUCUCCAUGUAUAUGUAAAGAAGGCAGUAUUCAUCCUGGUGUUAGUAUGCAGCAGCAAGACUUAUGAGAUAGAAAUGGUUGAUUUUUCGCAGCAGAUUCACUUCGCUUGAAACGUUUCUACUCGUCUUCUUGAUAGUACUUCUGGCCCACUGAUCAUGCCCUCAUAGACUCGUUUGUUCGACCGAGAACUGAAAUCACCAGUCGCCUACUUUAGCUCCUCAAAUUCGUGGAUUCUAAGCCCUUGGUCAAUAGUGGAGUUGCCAUUAAAGAAAUCUUCAGGCAACACCAGCUUCUUCUUUCUUAACAGCGAGAUGAUUACCCAUGCUAGGAUCAAAGACGGGACUGUAGAGGAAACUCCGAGUACAAUCGAACCAGUAUUUCGUUCUCUCGAUUUCCUUAAGUUCCUACCCUUGAAUAGCUGAACUGGAACAACUAAAGGAGCAUCAGAAGGUGGUAGACAGUGGAUUAUGGUCCGUGAGCUAUUAGGCUCAGACUGCAAGUGGAAUGAGAAGUGUUAUGAAACCCAAAAGGAUAAAUGGUCGGAUCAUUG